AGGGAAGAGCGAACCAGGCGAAAAGCCACGUGGGGGGGCAAAAAACGACACGGGUGGGCGCAGGGCGGAUGCGAGGUCCAGGGGCGGAGACCAAGAGGCCCUGGAAAUUGCGGCGCUACGGUCACCAGCGCGGUGCGGCAGCCGGACGUGAGCAAGGGAAAAUCGACGCGGGGCGCAGCAGCGGGACGUGGGCAGUGAGGGGCGGGGAAAUUGUGGCAUCGUGUAUGCAAGUGGGGCUGGUGGGACUACGCUGCACGCCGUUUCCUGUGCUCGGGGUGGCGGGAGCGAAGUGCAGCAGGCGCAGCGGUAGUGCCGGGUCGGGGGGACAUCGCGGGAACGGGAAGCAAGCGUCGUCGUCGUGUGGAGGAGCGGGAGGAGGAAGGGGGGAAGAGCAGGAGGAGCAGCAGGAGGAGGAAAAGGAAGAGUGGCAGGAGAAGCAGGAGGGCGAACGGGAGAAGGACGAUCCACCAUCUGUUGUUGUUAAGCGGUGAGCGGGAGAGGAGGGAAGAGGGGGAGGAACAGGGGGAAGAGGAGGAGCAGCACGAGGAGGAGGAAUAGCGGGAGGAGCAGGAGCGGSAGAGGAGGGAAGAGGGGGAGGAGCAGGGGGAGGAGGAGGAGCAGCACCAGGAGGAGGAAUAGCGGGAGGAGCAGCAGGAGGGGGAGCCGGAGGAGCAGCGGGAGGAGGAGGAAGAGCGGGAGGAGCAGCAGGAGGAUGAUCCAUCAUCUGUUGUUAUUAAACGAUGUCAAAGGGAGAGAGACAGAGAGAGAGACUUUUCCAGCCAUGCACGCAGAGAGACAGAGAAAGGCUACUUCCAUCCAUAGGAUAAGCAAAAUCCGA